AUGAUCAUCGAAAUGAAGCCAGUGACAGUAAAAAAAGGAGACCAGAUGAUACAGAAUAAGUUGACUAAGGAAAUUCUAGAUGACCUUAGCUGUCGAUUUAUAAUCAAUGUUCCCGAGGUAGAACGACAAAAUUUGAUACGAAUUUGUUUCCAAAUUGAACUGGCCCAUUGGUUUUACAUCGAUUUUUAUUGUGAUGAACAUAAUUUAAAACCAUAUGGUAUCAACCAAUUUGCAUUACAUAUGUUCCGGCACAUACCAUUUUUGAGAAGUCGCGAAUCCCAGGUUUUGGAUGUGCUUAAAGAAUGGCGUGAAUAUAAAAGAUCAGUACCAACAUAUGGUGCUAUUCUACUAAAUGAAGAUAUGACUCAAGUAUUGUUGGUCCAAAGUUAUUGGACCAAAACAUCGUGGGGAUUCCCAAAAGGCAAAGUGAACCAAGACGAGGAUCCAUUAAACUGUGCAGUUAGAGAAGUUUACGAAGAAAUUGGUUAUGACAUUGGCAGUGUGAUUAACAAGGAUGAUUACAUUGAAACUGUGUUGAAUGAUCAGAUCAAUAGAUUAUACAUAGUGCCUGGAGUCAGCAUGAAAACAAAAUUUUCUCCUCAAACUCGGAAUGAAAUUGGAUCAAUUGAGUGGUUUGCGUUAGAUAAAUUGCCAUCUAACCGUAGAGAUCAUAUAGCUGCCAAGAGUUUAAAUAAACAUUCCUUUUACAUGGUAUUACCAUUCAUCAGACAAUUGAAGAGUUGGGUGGUUAAAAAAAGAAUAAAAGAAAAGCAAAAUGCCAAGCCACCCAAAAAUUCUAAACAGCCUUCCAAGAAUUCUAAAUUGCCUCCAAAGAGUUCUAAAUCACCGGCGGAAAAUCCUAAGUCAGUGGCACAAAAGAAUUCUAAAUCAUUGCCCGAGAAUCCUAAAUCGGUGCCAGUGAUUCCUAAAUUGCCGCCUAAUACUUUAGAAUUAAUUGAUCCCGCUAUCAUUUUUACUCCGGAUAGAAAAAAAGAAAAUACAAACUUUCUUACUUCUCAGACGCAAGAAUUUUUCGCUAUGUUUCCGGAACGAUACAGUUCGCCAAAAUCUCAAAUUUUAGCACCUCAACCAAGUACACCUAUACAGCAACCUCCUUCUCCUGCAACUACAUUAGCUGAACCCAAGGCAAUUUCGGAAACCAAACUUAAAGAAUUCUUCGCCAUGUUUCCUCAAUGUUUGGACGUCUCCAAAUCCCCAGUUGUGCAAAAGGAUACUGUUGCCACAGUUCAGGCGACUGAAAAUAAAAGCAGAAUCAAGAAAACAAGUCCCUGGCCAGAGUUUAAAUUUAACACGGCUGAAAUUAUGAAAUAUUUUUAA